AUGGGCAGAAGUUCCACUCUCCUCUUUUUUCUUAUAAUUUUCAUUCUACUAUUACUACAUGCCAAUGCUAAUAAUAUUAGCACUGAUGAAGCUGCUCUUCUUGCACUUAAAUCACACAUUUCUAACAACAUCAUAGCAACAAACUGGUCUUCUUCUGUCCCCGUUUGCAGCUGGAUUGGAAUCACUUGCAGCUCCCGACACCAUCGAGUCACUGCAUUAGACAUCUCUAGCAUGCAACUUCAUGGUACCAUUCCUCCAUCCAUUGGAAACCUCUCAUUUCUUUCUUCCCUCGACAUCAGUAACAACACUUUCCAUGGAGAUUUGCCAGUAGAGUUGGCUCGUUUGCAGAGGUUGAAAUUGAUUGAUGUCUCAGACAAUAACUUCACCGGUCCCAUUCCAUCAUUUUUAAGUUUGUUACCGAACCUACACUCUCUAAUCCUCUUGAGAAACCAAUUUUCCGGAGAAAUUCCAUCUUCCCUUUCCAAUCUAACAAAGCUGCAAGAGUUAGUCUUGGAUAGAAAUUUUCUUGAAGGAGAGAUCCCUCGAGAAAUCGAUGAUCUUCGUUACUUGACUAUCCUAGACCUGCAAUUUAAUCAUCUUAGUGGCUAUAUACCAUAA